AUGUCGCAUUUCCGAUUCAGAUUCAAGUUGCAUGUCAAGGUGAUGGAUAGCACCGGUGUUGGACCCAGAUUCCACACCUGGAAUCUAGCCCUUAACUGCCAUCGAGCUAUUCCGGUCGACGUAAAGACGAGCUCCAGCUCGAUCAAGGACCAGGUCGGCACUGCGAAGAAAGACGAAGUCAAAGAAGAUCUCCUUCAAAUCCGGUCUGGUCCGAGAUCACCGGGAUCGUUAGCUGCACGUGGCGAGAUACGCGGAGGUGGAUCGUAG